AUGGAAUUUUAUAAUUUCUUUAACAUUUUUUUAAACAAAAAAGAUAAAACAUUCGAAAGUGAAAUUGACAAUUAUAGAAAAUUGAUCACAUCAAGCAAUUUUAAAAUCCAAGAUGAACAACAACAAAAUAAAGCUGUAGAGUUUGCUGAAAAAAUCGUUGAGUCUUUAAAGAAAGGUACCAGUCUUAAAUCAGAAAUUGAAGGCAUUUCCAAGUAUAUCAAUGGACUUGGUGAUGAAAAUAUUUAUAUUUCAUACAACAUUGGUAACAGUUUAAUUACUACUGGUUAUUUGUAUUUCAAGGGUGAAAAUCAAUGUAUUUGUUUAAAUGAAGGUGCUUUAUUUUUAAUGAACACCUUCAAUAAAAACUCAAGAGAUAAAGAAAUUAUGAAUACUUUAAUUAAAGCAUUCGAUGCCCUUUCCAAUAUUACUAAAGAUGAGAAUAAAAGAAUGUAUUAUGUCACUAGAAAUAACGAACUUCAUCGUUAUAGAACUGCUUUAGAAAAUGGAGAAGAUAUUAAACUUUCACCAUCAUCAACUGAAAAACUUCAUAAAGCCUUUGCAUAUAAAGAAGCAGGUACAGAAGCAUUUAGAGCAUCAGAUUGGAAAAAAGCCAUUUUCCAAUACCACUGUGCUAAUAACUAUGUCACAGGUCUUUUAGGAUUACCAGAUUCCGAUGAAGCACUUGCCAAAAAUUUAAAUAUUACACUAUUAAACAAUAUUGCAGUUUGUAAUAUGAAAUUAUUAAGAUAUAACAGAGCCAUCGAAAUUUUAGAUAAAGUUAUUGAUAGCGAACCAAAUAAUGUUAAAGCACUUUUUAGAAGAGGUAAAUGCUUAGUUCAAGAAAAACAAUAUAUCUAUGCCGAAGAAGACCUCCAAAAAGCCAUUGCUCUUGCACCAAAUGACAAAGAAAUCCAAAAUGAAAUUAAAAUCUUAAAUGUUAAAUUAAAAGGAUUCAAUAAACUUCAAUCACAAGUCUAUUCCAAAAUGUUUGAUGAAUAA